AUGAAAAAUGCUGGAAUUGAUGAGGAUGAUCAAACUAUAAGUAACGAUUCAGCAGUUGACAUUUCACAAACUACACUAAAGCAAAUUUUUGAAUUCGUGGGUUCUUCUAAUGACAAAGAGAAUUGGGCUGUAAAUGCUGAAAACUCAUCGAACGGUCUAAACGGUUCAAAAGAGCCAUUUUUACAAGCUAAUAAAUAUAUACAAGAAAGUCAAAUUGUGCAAAAAAAUCAAAUUGUGCAAGAAAAUCAAAUUAUGCAAGAAAAUCAAAUUGAACAAGAAAAUCAAAUUAUAAUAUAUGAUUCAGAUAGCAUUUCAUAUUUGUGUUCUUUUGAUCAGAACUGUAAAGACAUCUGUAAAGAAAGUCUAACAGUUCUUCAGCAGAGGAUUGUUUAUGGAAAAGUUCACAGCGCAUAUAAAAAAGCUCUUGAUAAAGUGUUGCAAACUAAUUCAAAGUUAGCACAGCUCAUUACUUUACUUCAAGAAUUUAUAGACAAGAGUACUAGUGAGCAAUCAGAUUCGAAUGAAAGUUUACAAAGUGAUAGUGGCGAUGAAAGAAAUGAUUCAGCAAUACCUAAAAAAUCCAAAGAGGUGUCAGGCAAAAGGAUGACCAUCAGGUACAAAACGAUUUAA